AUGGAAAAAUCGGUGGGACAAAGUCAUUUAAAUUUUCAAGCAUCUUCAAUUUAUUUUCAACAAAUAUUAUUUGACAUUUUACCUCAAAAACCUAUUUUCUCUUCAACUUUAUUAAAAUUACAUGUUAAUUUGGAAAAUUUCAAUGAUUGUCUUUAUUUACUCAAUGGUCGUUUCAAUCAACUUCGUACAUUUCAUGUUAAUAUUUCUACUAUUCGUUCACAUCGCACAAUUGAUAAUAACAAAAAAUUAUUUAAUUUAAAAUCUUUUUCAUUAAGUUAUGAUGUAAAAACAUCUGUUUAUGAUGAAUUAAUUGUGCCAUUUUUACAACGUAUGUCAAAUUUUAGAAAAACUUGGUCUAUAUCUAUUGAUUGA